GUGCUCUUAAAAAAUGAUAAUAAUAUAAAUUUUUAAAUAGUUAAUUUUUAAAGUGAGUAUUGAAAUGAAAUUAUGUCUUAAUUUUGUUUCCAUUUUCAAAUGAAAUAUUUCAUAUUACAAUUUCCGUGUGUUUCUUUGGUUAUAGAUUAGAUUAUUAAAAAUUUUAGCGGCCAAUUUGAUGAUUUGCAUAAAAAAUGUAUUGCAUCUUGUAUCAUACAGAUAUAAUGAAUUAGCAAUUUAUCAUCAUCUAUAUCAAGGAUUUUGAUUGGAACCUGUAGCAGAAUUCUGGAUUGUGUAGAGAAUCUUUUAUCAAAUGACUCCUUUUUUGUACUUGCGUCUUUUAAUCUGAAGCCUAUAAUAGCUCGUUGGUCGUCAAACGUUGGUAACAGUUGGGUGCAGUAUAUUAAUCAAAACUUCAUAAUGACUUUAUAAAAGUUUUAGAUCGUAAAUCAAGAUCGACCUUGGUCUUGAAAUUACGACCUUUCUUAAAGGCUACCAACAAACAAACUUAAGUAUGGAGAUUUGACCUCACAUGGGCUCACAAACUAACAGACGGACAAAAUGGGUAUUCUUUGGGGGAUUAUUUGGGAAUAUAAAUAAAAUCUUUUGAAUUCUAUUACAUGAUGACCGUUGCCGGUACACAUGUAGUCCGAAAUUCAAUCCAUUUUUGAUACAAUGUUAUAUAGAAAGAGCCAAUAUAUUAAAACUCUAGAAAUGAUGUAAAGUAACUUCUCUGAUAUUUGUUGGAUGGUAUCGUGACGGCACAUGACAAGUCUAUAGUUACUAAUGUUUUGCUUCUUAUAAACCUAUGUUGUUUCAAUGCAUUUUUAAUUCUGAAUAAACACACAGGCCGUUUCAACACAAAAGUCCGCACAUUUACAUAAGUAAUGCAUGGAGAAACAAUCCCAAACUUAAGUUUGAGUUAUCUUUUAUUAGGGGCAGUCACAAUUUAAGUAAAGUUUCAGACUUAAGUCUAAGUUUCAACUUAAUUUUUUUUGGGAGAAAUCCAAGCUGUUUAGAUAAUAUUGGAGCACAGUUUGUUUUGUAAUUUCAUAUUCAUUAAAUGUUCUUUGGAAGUUUUGAGAAUACACCACUUCUUGCAUAUGUUGGGGUACAAUACGUCUGUGGUUUCUCCUUCGGAGCAGUUAAUAUUUUUCGUGACGAACAAACAUUUAGUGCUUGGUAGAAUAUUUACUGGAUCCAGCAAUGUAUCUCUGUAUUUAAAAGGUUUUUGUGUAGUUUUGGAAUCUCGUAUACUAGUAGAUAAGGUAAUUCAUAUGUGUUGGUUCCAUUAAAUGGAAUAUCAAAUGCAAUUAGUGACCUUCAACAUUGUGUAAUCAUUUCAUAAAAGGUGAAGAUAACGAACAGUGAUCAAUCUCAUAACUCCUAUAAUCAAUAUAAAUAGAUAGUUGAGCAAACACGGAUCCCUGGACACACCAGAGGUGGGAUCAGGUGCCUAGGAGGAGUAAGCACCCCCUGUCGACAGGUUACACCCACCCGCUAGCCCCACGUCUUGAUCAGAUAAACGAAGUAAUCCACAACCCAAAUCAGCGUGCUCCAUAUCAUGGUUUUCAGAUAAAAUAAAAGGAAAAUUUAAAUUCAACAGAACAUUAUCCACCACAACCCCCAACCCCCAAACCAAAAAAAAAAAAAAAAAAAAAAAAACCCCACCCCACAACAAGAGACAAUUAAAUAUUUUAUUGAACAAUCUGGAAUCUACUCUGGAUUAUAUUGUUAUUGUUAAUGGAAUAACUUUGGUCUAAAUCUUUAAAAUUUCCUUCAGCGUCUGUGUAUCCAGUAGCUUAAAUACUUGACUUUUUCAUAUUUCAUAUUGCACACGAUUCAGGACCAGACUUUGAUAUUAAAACAAUAUAGGUGAGUAUGAAUGAAGAAAUUAAUAAAUACAUUUCAUAGAUGUUUAGAUGUAUAGAGAAAUUACACACAUUUAAGAUGACAAUGGCGUUCGUUCGAAGACAAAAUGCAACACAUACUCUUGAUUAUUUUCGUCCUUCAUUCAUCUUAUAUGACACAUCCGUUGUCAUCUGUAGGAAAUGCUCAGGUAACCUUUAACUGGUCAGAAUGACGUGAAAUGAUAUUAAGUAGUAGAAACAAUGCUUCACAUUUUCAAGAAAGACUACCCUACGUAGUUUGUAUACUUAAAAAAACAAAAAAAAAAACCAAAUAGCAAAACGUAAGAUUCUGCUGUUGGAUCGGGUGCUGUCUAACGUACUUGAUAUCAAUAAUUAGUUUGACUUUGGAUUGCUCCGUUUGCCUGAUCAAGAUACAUGUAUAGGGCUGACGGCGGGUGUGACCAGUCGACAGGGGAUGCUUAUUCCUCCUAGACUCCUGAUCCCACCUCUGGUAUACCCAGGGGUCCGUGUUUGCCCUUCCCUUAGUUCUUAUUCUUUGUGGGAAUUAUGGGAUUUGUUGUUGGUUUUUUUAAAUAUCUUUUUAUAAAGAAAAUAUAAGUUUGUUGAAGUGCAUACAGGAAAGAAUGUCUUAAGUAACGUGUCAUAAUAUUCUUUUCUGGGCGGCAUUCAAUAUUGUGUAAUCAUUUCAUUAUGUUUCCAGAUAGGAUAGAAGGAAAAUUCAAAUUCAGCAGAAGAGUUUCAUCGUAAAAGAGAUAUUUUUCUACUUGUGUGGCAUUUCAUGGGAAAUGAAUCACUGUUUCUAGUAUAUCAACAACACACUGCUUCACUUCCUGGGGGAACAGAACUCCAUCCACCGGACACACAGUUCACAAUUUAGUUCUGAUGUGGGGCAAAUUGGGUGGAAAAACUACGACGAACAAAACUUGGUGCUCAGUGCAUUGCGCCAUGUGCAACAAGAAUAAAUUUUUGGCAGCCAUGAAGCGGAGGAUCUUGAGAAUUUACUGCCAGGGAUUUAGAUGGUCUCCUUCACGCAAACACACAUCCUCCACUGUCCAGGCCACUACGGAAUCCGCCAACACACUCUCCUCUAAGACCAAGACGCUGAAAGAUGUACCCAGCCCACGUGGUAUAUAUAGCAUACCUUUCAUAGGGAAUGUCUUACAGAUUUCUCCGUAUGUAAAGAACAGGGAUAUUCACUUAUACUUCCAAGAGCUCCACAAGCGCCAUGGUAAAAUGGCGAGGAUUCGCCUUGGAUCGAAGAAUUGUUUAGUGUUGUUUGACCCGGAACUAAUUAGUGCAGCCAUGGCACAGGAAGGAGUCUACCCAGAACGAUACGCGGUACCUAUAAUGGAUGCCUAUGUGAAAAACACGAAACGAUGCAUGCUGAGUCACCAAAAAGGUCCAGAUUGGCAAAAAAUACGAAGCCCAGCACAGCAAAGCAUUAAACCAUCAGUCCUUCGGAAGUAUAUAGUCCCUCAACUCCAGUGUGCCGAGGAACUGGUCACGUGGCUCAGUAGUCAAGGUGAUAACAACCCCAAUGUCAAAGACGCCUUCAUGAGAUAUUCAGCUGAUGCCAAUUCCGCCGUUGCUUUCGACAGAAAGAUCGGCUUCCUUCGUAGCAUGCAAAAACCUGAUCCAGAACUUGAAAUAUUUCUGAACAGCAUCAGCCAGUUUAUGGACGUCAUUGGGCAGAGUUUAUUUACUGUUCCUUGGUUCAAGCUAUGGCGUACAAAAUUAUACACGGAGUUUGAGGGCGCAGCUAACACUGUUUACAGAAUUAGUGGAAAAUAUAUUGAUGAAGCCAGGAAAGAGCUAGAGAGGAAUCCGAACACGACUGAUGGCGACCUGACGAUUUUAAAUUCCAUUAUUCAAAAUGAACGGAUGCCGAAUGCGUUCAUUGUGAAUCUCAUGGCGGCCAUUCUGUUUGGUGGGGUCGAGCAGGUUUCCCAGUUGUUGAUGUGGAUGUUCUGGUUGCUAGGCAAAUCCCCAGACAAGCAAGAGAAGCUCUACAACGAGAUCGUGACCAACAUAGGAGAAUCUCCUCUAACAGCAGACCACCUUGGACACAUGCCUUAUUUAAAAGCAUGUGUGAAGGAAACUUUCAGGCGUGUCCCCCCAAUAGCUUCAGGGAUCGCCAGAAAGCUUACCAAGGACACAGAAAUUGGAGGAUAUCGCAUCCCCACAGGGACUUUUGUGUUUUUUGGAAACAACACCUUGUCUAUGUCCGAAGAACAGUUCGAGAAUCCCGAACAGUUUCUACCAGAGCGGUGGUUGCAGGGCAUUAACGAUCCCCAAAAGCAGAGACUCAUGGGGCUCUGUGUUCUGCCGUUUGGGAUGGGGAAGAGAAACUGCUUAGGGCGGCGUUUUGCUGAACAGGAAAUCCAUUUGGCUGUUAUAAAGAUUUUACAAAGUUUUAAAGUGGAGGUAACGGAUGAAUGCAGGGACGCUCUCCCCAAGUACACGACAUUUGCAGUUCCUGAUCGACCAAUUAAAUUCAUCUUCAAACGGCGACGCAGUCCUUGAACUACAUUGUAUGUGCGGAUUUCAUGUAAGCACCACGUGACCGCAAAGCUUCGAUGAUCUGUUUGCACGACAAUAACAUUUUGUAUCUGAUUUACAGAGAUCAGUUAUAUUCGUCUGUGUCUUUCAUCACGCGUAAGCGAUUCUAUAUAUUAUUGAUUAUUGAUAUGGUCAGUUUAAUGUAUACCAACGGAUGUCCCAUGUUACAGUAGGUGUGGCAUGCUAAAAAACCCGCACUGCUCAAUGACCGUAAGCGCCGAUUUGAAGCCCUUCACCGGUCUUGGUGACGUCUCCAUAUGAGUGAAAAAUUCUCUCGAGAGACGUUAAAAAAGUUACAAUCAAUCAUGUAAAUUAUGCCAAUACGCAACUUCCGAGAUAUCAGCUCUUCUGUGAUGGAGGUACGUUCAGUAUUCUGUUGAACGCUUGGGUGGGUACAAGAUGUAUACACAUAUUAUAGACUAGCUAUGUAAAUAAGGAUAAAAGUUAUGAAAGCGUAAAUUUUGUUUAUACCAGCCGUUGGUAUACAUUAAACUGACCAUAUCAAUAAUAUUUGAUCGUAUUACACCGUUAAAUUAAAUAUGAAAUUAUUUUUUAUUUCCUCUUCAGCACUAGUGAUACUUUAAUCAAAGAAAGAUGGCGAUUAUCGAUUUUUGUUUGAGCUAUUUUAUUAUUAAAUACCCAUAAACUUACUAAUAUUGUGUGUCCCUGCAGUUUGGGUGCUUGCAUGGUGUCUGAUAAUCGGCCUUUAAGGCAAUAUAUGAAGGCAGUGAUAAGUAUUUGUACCAACCGCAAGUGGACGAAUGUAUGUUUUGCGUCUCACUGUGCGCAAGAGUUCCACAAAGGGAAAGAACUAUUGGGCAACUCGGAUAUAGCGUUAUUAGUCCCUUUCUUGCCCCAGAGGAAACAAACAAUAUUCUAAUUUAGGUCUGAUACGUUCACAAAUUUCAUUUAGACAAAAUGUAGUUGACAUUAUUACAAUUGCAAACAGAAAGCUGUUUAAAAAGGCCCAAUACACUAAUAGAAUUGAACUCACCCAAACAUGUCAAUUAAGUUAUAAUGAAAUAAUACAAAUAAAUUAAAGAGAGGGUAUCCAUGCUGGUUUUCAUGGGGAUCUUUGAAAAUUCAGAUUUUCUAAAGUCGAAAAAAAGUUUAAGUCUCCAAAAAGGUUUUGAUCCUCUACAACAAGCUUCUGUCAUUACCGAGCUGAGGGGAUCCUUGUUUGUUAAAGGGGCGUGGACACAAUUUGAGCUAAAAAAUUUCAAAUGUCAUUUUUUCCAUUAUUUAUUAUUUACAAUACUUAACUAAGUAUUUCUAACGGUCAACCAAAAUUUGAAUAUCAGUUGUUGAAUUAAAAGUGAGAUACAACACUCAUAAUUCUUUGUUAUGUAAACAAGGCUCGUGCCAUGUUUUUGUGUACAUAUAGAUUAUUUGUUAUGUAAACAAGACUCAUGCCAUGUUUUUGUUUACAUAUAGAUUAUUGUUGUGUAAACAAGGUUCGUGCCAUGUUUUUGUUUUUUGUUUACAUAAAGAUUAUUUGUUAUGUAAACAAGAAUCGUGACAUGUUUUUGUUUACAUAUAGAUUAUUUGUUAUGUAAACAAGAAUCGUGACAUGUUUUUGUUUACAUAUAGAUUAUUUGUUAUGUAAACAAGGAUCGUGACAUGUUUUUGUUUUCAUAUAGAUUAUUUGAUAGAAAAUGGCAUGUUUAAAACAAAAUGAGAAAUGCCAAACACUAGAAACUAUUUAAUUGUGUUCAAAAUUAACUUGUAAAUUAAAAAUCUGCUUUAAACGAAACUUUUACUAGUAUAUUUAACUUAAGUAAACAAAAACAUGGCGUGAGCCUUGUUUACAUAACAAUGAAUUGUGAGCUCAGUAUCUCCCUUGUACCUCAACAACUGACAUUUAAAUUUUUACUGACCAUUAGAAAUACCGUAGUUAUGCAUUCUAAACAUUAAAAAUUGAAAAAUAAAAUUUGAAAUUUUCAGCUCAAAUCGUGUCCAUGCCCCUUUAACACCUCAUAGUGACUAUGGUCCAUGUGUAUACCCGCUAGUCAUUUAAAAAAAAACAACACAUCAGAACUUUUUUACAUGGAAUAUUUUAAAUCUUCAGGAAGAUGACAUAAAAUGGAUUUCUUUCAGCAAUUCUUUAUUCCAGGUUCUCACAGAGAUCUACAUGUAAAUGUAUUUACAACUUGUUAAGUAAAUUCAAUUGCAAUUCAACAGUUGUGUUUCUCAGAUUUUGAUACUGGUAACCAUGCACUGAUAAAUAUUCUGUACCUUUCAAAAAAUCUACAUUAAAUAUUUUAUGUUUCACCACAUUAUGUUUUUCACAUGUACCUUUUGUGAGUAUAUAAUUUUAAAACUGAUUUCUUGGACUGCAUGUUUUCUGUAUUGCAUUAAUUAUAUAUUAUUAAUAUUUCACAGUAUGAUCUAUUAACCAAUGCCUAUACAAACACCUUUUCAUGUGCCGUAAUAUAAUGCUGUAUUGGUUUAAAACUGUUUUUUUCUAAUAAAUUAUAUUUUAUUUUA